AUGGAGAAAAGACGCCUGGUUUACCCCCGGAAGACAACACAGGCCAGCAACUGGCUUCUGGAGGAGCGUCUCCGUAAUGUAAGGAAAAGGCAUCAACCAAGGAAGAAGAUGCUUUCAGCCCCAGAAGCUCCACCAAAAAGAUUAAGUUUGCCUGAACCAACCAUCAGUGCUGAGCGUGCCAUCCAGAUGACAGAAUGGCUGAAAAAUAACUUUUGGCCCACAGACCAGGUUGUCCAAUACAUGCGGGAAACUGCAGUAUAUCGCGCAGGAUGGAUCCGCUCAAGUGGGACAAUCCCAAUGCAGCAGAUUUUUGCAGAGUUCCCACGUUUGUUGGACACACCAGGAAUGAUUUUGCAGGACUUUGCCGUUUUAUAUCCACAGUCUUGUGGAAAACUGACAGAGAACUGGAACACCUUGUUCUCAUCAAAGGUCAUUCGCAUGGGGAAGAAGGAGGAGAGCGGUCUUCUGCCUGAGAUUGAGUUGCUUCCACAAGACAAACAAGGUGACGUGGCACUCCAGCUGCUGCCAAAACUCCUCCCUGCUGUUCCCUACAGAGUUGGGCGAAAGGUGGUCAGACCCAGCAACCUUGAAGUCCAGCAAGCCUUCAUUGAUGUCCAGCCAAUUGGGACAAAUAUGGUGGAAUAUCUUGGAAGUACGGCAACAGAGCAUCCACGUGUUCUCAUGCUUGGGGACAGGUAUUGUUGUUCCCAAGCAUUUGUCGUCAUAAAUGGAACUGCUUUGGAAUAUCCAUCUCUUUUGGGGGCUGUUGACGGCUGUUUCAAAUCGUUCUUCGUUUUUGAUCUGAGUUAUCCGAAGUCGUGUGUCCAAAUUUGGGAUUUUCUCCAAACUGUGAUAUAUGAAAUCCCAGGAAACGAGUCACCCCCGAUAAAAUUAAUGAGGGCCCAGUUGGAGGCCAUGGAAGAAUAA